AAAAAGAUAUAUUUACUUACUAAGAUUAUUGUGGAGGUUAUAAUUUUGUGCACCAGAUUAUAAUGUAUUAAGUGUUUUUUUUAUACAUAUAAAAAAUGAACAAUCUAAUCAGGGUAGCUUUUCGUUGCAAUAACAUCGUUAAUUUCACGGAAUGCAAGAGAUUCGCGGGACACAGCAAGUGGUCGAAUAUCAGGCACAUCAAAGCUGAAAAGGAUGGCCAAAAACAAGCGGCUAUGAUGCAGCUAACUAGACAAAUGAAGGUUGCCAUCGCAGAGGGAAAAAGUGCAAAGCCAGAGGAAAAUUCCAAACUUGCCAAACUGAUAGAACAAGCGAAAAAGCGAUCAUUGCCAAUGACGACUGUCAAAAGUUUCCUGGAAAAAAUGCAGAGUUCGAAAAACAGAGUCAAUUCGGUGGUCUUUGAGAGCAGAGGGCCGUCGGGGAGUAUUUUUUUAAUACACGUUUUGUGCGAGAACGUGAAUGCUACCAAAAAUCAACUCAACACUCAUCUCAGAAAAACAAAGUUUUCACCUAGUGACAUAGCACAGCAAACUCCUUUCCAGGAAAAAGGUGUUAUUAUAACUGAAGUUGGGAACUUAAGUUUUGAUAAGGCCCUCGAAGAUGCUAUUGAAGUUGGGGCGGAAGAAGCAGAAAAAGGCAAUUAUGAAGAUAAGGAAUUUUUUCAGUUUACAUGUAGUUCCAACGAUAUUUUUAAAGUACGGAAUCAGUUAGAAGACAGAAAUUAUAAUGUUAUAAGUUCUGAUGUGGAAUAUAUUCCAAUUGUUACUGUUUCACUGGAUGAGGAACAACAAAAACUGGUCGAUAAGUUGUACGAAAGACUGGACACAAUGGAAGAAGUUGUUAAGAUAUACAACAAUAUUGUGUGA